AUGUAUGCGAAGAGCUGCUUGGCCUUAUUGGCUGUCUCUUGGGUGUUCUUGGGUAGCGUCGCCAUUGGCGCACAUGAGAUUGCCGCUCGUGACCUGGCCGAGUUAGAAGGACGUGACGCCGCGGUUACGGUAGUCACUACUAAGGUAUCGAGCUCUUGUCGCGCCUCGCCGCCUGCCGGUGGAGUGAAAAGGCCUCCUGUUUUGGGAUCUUCCACUUCUCCUGCUGCUGCGUCUGCAGCCUCGAGUACGGAUAUUUGUCCCCUGGCAAGCGCGCUGUGUGCUAAAUGUCCUGUCUCUACUACGACGGUGACGGUUAGUAGCUGUCCCAGCACAUCUGCAGGCGGGGGAUCUGCUUCUGCAACUGGACAGAGAUCCAGUAGUGCUCCGAGCAUUCGCCCCGGCAGCUCUGAACCACCCUCCUCCAGCCACUUGGCCACUUCAUCUGCUAGCCUUGAAAGGCCCAGCUCAACAUUCCUGGAACCCUCCACCCACCUGAUCCAAAGCUCGAAGCCCUUGAUCGGUAGCAGGACCGCGCCACCGGCCAGCGCACCCACCGGCAAUACCCUCCAGACGUUACCAACUGGGCCCGGGGCCGGAGCCCCCGGUACUGGAGCCAGAACAGGCAGCACAAUCACUCCGCGAGCCCCGAUUCCACCCGGUAUAGUGCGACGGCAGUUGAUAGGGGUGAUGAAUAUAACGGCGCCGUUCGCUAACACGAGCAGUAUUCUCACGAAUGCGACGAGUACUCUUAACGUGACGAGGAUUCUGACGAGUGCAACUACGACUGAAUCGACUGGAUUCCGAUUCCAUCUGAGGAAUAGGGUUUAA